GCUAGCUGUAAAGUUAGUUUUUAAAAAUCGUGUCUUCAAAAACAUUCAUUCUUAUCCCCCUCCUCUCUCCUUAGAAACGCGUUUCAUUUUCAGACAAAGAACCACGAACAGACGGACAGAAACAGUACUUGUAUGGGGUUUUGAUUUGAAUAUUACCAGGGAUUUGCUUCAUUUCUGAAAAUUUUGGGAGUUUUGUUUCUUUUGAUUUGUGAGGUAAGAAUUCAAUUAGUCAGGUAGAAGAAGAAGAAGAAGAAGAAGAAAGGGUCAAACUUUUGCAGGUAUUAGAAUUUUCAGUUUUUAAUGAAUUAGGAAUUUGUUGAAUGAGUUGAAUUUUACAAAAUUUUGGAAAUUGGGGGUGAAUUGGACAUUCAUCAUAAAUGGGUUGAAUUUGGGAUUUUUGUGACUUUUAAAGGUUUGAGAUUUUUGUUAUAUAGAAGAGAUAGAAUUGGAUUAAUAAAAGUAGUUUGAAUUUUUAUGGAUCAAAUGGUUAUGAGAGAAAGAGAUUUUGAAGUUGAUCUUGAAAGUGGUGGUACAACUAGCGAAGAAGAGAGAAUAAUAAACCCUUCACUUAGACAAUCAGAUAAUUUGUUAGGUAGGGCGUGGAAUCGGUUUACAAGCAACAAUGAAGGAUUAAUUAUAAGUGAAACACCUGACCCCAUUUCGAGUUCUUCGGAUGGUGCCCCAGAGACUGCAGAAUUAUUGACAGAUAGAAAAUCAGAAGGGGAAGAACAAACAAUGGGGAAUCUGGAGAAGAAAAAAGUCAAGGAAAAACGUAAGAAGACUAUCUCGAAAAAGCCUCCAAGGCCACCUCGAGGUCCAGCUCUGGAUGCUGUUGAUAGGAAAAUGGUUAAAGAGAUUACUGAGCUUGCUAUCUUGAAAAGAGCUAGGAUUGAACGAAUGAAAGCAAUGAAGAAAAUGAAAGCAGCCAAGGCCGCAACACCUUUCACCAGUAUUUUGGCCAUGCUGUUUACCAUAUUAUUUUGCCUUAUCAUAGUUUUCCACGGUAUGUUUUCUGGAGAUAGUCCACGUGCGAGCUUGGAGGCACCUCUUCAGUCAGAAGUUGGAUCACCAAAAAAAUUAAUUUCCGUUCAGUUAUACAAAAGCAAAUCAGCUAGACGAGGUGAAGCGCUGGGCUCAAGUUUCUCAGAGCCUGUAGAUAGGAGUAGAGUUACAGAAUGAAAUGGUAGUUGCCAUUGCCGCCUAAAGAUUAAUUGCUAGCUUGCUCUGGUAACUGCUUAUUUGGACCCUCUUUUGCUUAUGUAUAUAUGAAUGUUAUGUGACAUAUGCCAUCCCCCCUGUGUAAGACUCACCCUAGUUAGGGAAACAUUUCCCUUGUACAAUUAUCAGAUUAUAAUUGAGGAAUAUUUCCAUGUA